AUGCCCAGUACAGCGCGAAAAGGAAAGCAGACGGUUGCGUGGGGAGUCGAACGGCGGAUGUCUAUGGUGAAAGAUGAAGUGAACAAUCCAAACAGCCGUAGCUACGAUUUUGCAGGCUUCGUACCUGUUCGCAUCCUAAACUAUAACAGUACACACAAAAGCGUUUCACUGUUGGGGCAUUUUGUAAGCCUAUCGCGUGACGAUUACGCGAUCAUUGUGUUGGAAAAGACGGCCUUCACUGAGGGGCAGCUGAAAAAUCAUAAGCGUCAUCAAACGAGCAUGAACAGUGAAAGUGUGCAAAGUAGUGCAACUGGUGUUAUAGCAGCCGUCGAAAGAAGUUUUUCCUUAUCCACGUCCCAACUAAGGACGGAAUUUGUUAAUGAUACCUACGGAAAUUUUUUGUGCGUUGCUGAUCCGGAAGUAAAUCAAAUCAAGGUGACAAUCAUAUAUCCCGCUACUGAGAGGCAUAUUGUGAAAUUUUCCACCCAAAAAAGAUAUUUGGUGGAAGAAACUGGCCAAGAUUAUGAAACCGUGACAUUGCCUCAUAUACAAAAGGAGCAGCUAAGCUUAGAGUGGCUUUACAAUAUAUUAGAGCAUCGGAAAGGGAAGGAUCGCAUAGUUUUUGAGGAUCCGUCAGAGAAAAUUGGCUUCAUAUUGUUGCCGGAUUUAGAAUGGGAUGGUAAAACAUUGGAACAACUUUAUCUACUCGCUUUAGUGCGCCAGCGAGGUAUCAAGUCAUUGCGGGAACUAAACGCUACUCAUUUACCAUUGCUGAAAAAUAUUCAAACACGUGGCAUUGAAGCAAUUAAAACACGUUACGGAAUUAACGCUGAUCAACUACGAAUCUACAUUCACUAUCAACCCACAUUUUACCACCCACACGUGCAUUUCCCAUAUCUGAAGCACGACCCAUCGGGUAUUUAUUGCGAGAAAAGUCACCUUCUAACAUCGGUUAUUGGGAAUAUCGAACUGCUACCAGACCAUUACCGGAAAGUGACACUCUCUUGCGUUUUAAGUGAAACUGAUAAACUGAACGUCAAAUUUGAGGCAGCAAAGAGCAAACUGAAUGAACCAGAUUACACCACAACCAACCGAUGAGAACCUCUACUGCCAGACGCACCCUCCCGUUUCAAACCCCCUGCAACCCGGCGCUUGAACACGACAGCUGAACAGCAGGUAUCUUCACGACGCAGCGCAUCAGGCGAGCAAGCAAUUGUUAAUUUUAAAUAAGGAAAAUGUCAUGUAUGAUAAUGUAAACUCAAAACGGUACUACAGUUUUGAAUAACAGAAUCUCAUUUGCCAGAGAAAAUAAACAUAUUAUAAAAAAAAACAACGGUGUAUAUAGUUGCAUAAAAACGCGAGAAUAAUUGUAAUAAAGAGAAAAACACACCUAUCGGCCGUCAGGAUGGACCGUGUGACCAUUGUCUCUUCUAGAUAAUGGCCAACUAGGCGGGGUGGCAGAUGUGACGUCACACCCUGCGAAGAACCCAAUGCUCCGUCACGAGCCUUAUAAUUAAAGUUAAAUGUUGUUCCUAGGAGGGCAUAGCCUUCUGCUAUGCUUUAGUCAGGCGAAACAUUUGGUUCCCUUGACAGAGGACC